UGACGCCCGAACUUGGCAAUUUUCACCAUCAACCCAAAGCCGCAGCCGGCUUCAGGAUCGAUCCCAGCAACCAGGCAGCUAAAUAGCAAAACACAGUCCAGACCACAAUCGCCAUUUGUCUCUUCUAUCGAUGAGAUUUCGCCACCUUCAAUCUGAUUCAUUCACCAUCGCAUCCCCUCCUUUGCCUCCAAUGUUGUAACCAAGGGACUUUGCAUCUUGCCCUGAAUAGCCGCUGUUGCCAUGCGUCAAUUCACCCAUGGCACGUUGCUGGCUAUUCUAGCCUUAGCAAACACCAUAUCUGCCAUCCCGUCAUUCUCUGCAAACAAUUAUCCUGCCCAUCCUGCGGAACCACUUGCGCUUUUCGCACAAUCACAACCUCAAGCUCCUCUUGGGCUAUGGACGAGACUGCGCAAUUCCGUGAUAGAAAGGCUGUGGGGUGUUCCACCGCAACAGCGCAAUCACAGAGGGGGAAAUAAGCAGUAUCCUUUCUAUUCCGCCCCCGCGUCUUUGCAAGCCCGAUACAGCGAUGAUGUCGUCCUACGAUUUAGAUUACAAACGGCGGACGAAGUCAAGGCACUUGUCGAGGCUUCUAAUAUACUAUUCCUGGAUGUUUGGGCUUCGACGGACGAGUGGGUAGAUAUCAGACUUGCCAAGGAUGUGGUCCCGUCUCUCCUUGGUCUACUCCCAAAAUCGCUGCAGACAGCACAUGUCCCUCUCAUCCACGACCUUCCUCAAACUGUUUAUGAAUCAUAUCCUUCCUCCUCCCAGCGCCCCACAGAUAAUGGACGAGGUUUCCUGCCUUCUAGGGAAUCAUCCUCCGAUGUAACGAACAUAUUCUUCGAAGACUAUCAACCGCUAUCCGUGAUUGGUCCUUGGAUGCGCUUACUCGCCUCGAUGUUUCCGUCCCACGUGCAAUUGAUUAGCAUUGGCUCCUCCUUUGAGGGCCGUGAUAUCCCUGCUCUGCGAGUAGGAGUUCGACCCGCUAAUGACCCCAAGCCUCGCAAGACCGUCAUAAUCGGAGGUGGUUCCCAUGCGAGGGAAUGGAUCGGAGUUUCAACAGUGAAUUAUGUAGCAUACUCUUUGAUCACCACCUACGGAAAAUCCACACCCAUCUCUACACUCCUGGAACAAUUCGACUUUAUUUUCAUACCAACCAUCAAUCCCGACGGCUAUGUGCACACAUGGGAAACUGAUCGCCUGUGGCGGAAGAACCGACAGGAAACAAGCCUUCCAUUUUGCCCCGGCGUGGACUUGGAUCGUACAUGGGGCUUCGAAUGGAACGGCAACGCUACCGGGGAUAACCCUUGCUCAGAAAGCUACGGUGGAGAUGAGCCAUUUGCGGGAACUGAAGCUCGCCAGUUAGCAGGAUGGGUGAAAGAGCAAACAGAACAGCAUAACGUCAAAUUCAUUGCCUACCUGGAUCUCCAUUCGUACUCUCAACAAGUCCUCUAUCCGUACUCAUAUUCCUGCCUGCCUCGGCCGCCCAACUUGGAGAAUCUUGAAGAGCUAGCCAUGGGCAUUGCAAAGGCAAUUCGUCUAACCAACAGACAAUCCUACACCGUAAGCUCUGCCUGCCAGGGAUUCACGGCGUCCCAGAAGAAAGUUAAAUUAGACACAUUCCCCCGUAUGGAAAGUGCCGGAGGCAGUGCCCUUGACUGGUUCUACAACGAUGUCGGUGUUAAAUACUCCUACCAGCUCAAGCUGCGUGAUAAAGGCAGCUAUGGAUUCCUGUUGCCGCGGGAAAAUAUCGUUCCCACUGGGAAGGAGGUGUUCAAUGCGGUUAUGGUUUUGGGCAAGUUCUUGCUGGGGUCUGAUGGUUUCGAGGGACUGAAUUGGGAGGCUGAGUUUCAGCGCCUCAACGAAGCGGAUAAGCCUAUCCUUGAUGACGGUGAUGAUGAUGAGGAGGAGGAUGGACAAGAUAAGAACGAUGACUCAUGGAUACCGGACGAGUACAAAAAUGAUAACGAUCACGAUGACGAUGAUGAUGGGUGGGGCCUCCGCAGACGGCGGAAACGGUAAAUUCGAAUUUGUCGGAUUAAUCGACUGCAGUCAGCGCUCAUGCCUCAUGCUACCGAAUGCUAAAGAAACGGGUAUAUGGAAGCCCGUUUUUAAUGAUUUUGUUACUCGCAUCUAUUUUCUCUUUCCGAAUACCCUACUCGGCUGUACUAUUUUUUGACGACCUGUGAUUUUCUUUUCGAUAUACAUAUAUUGUGGAUCUUUACUAAUUUUUAUUUUAUUUUAAUUUUUAUUUUUUUGGGCAUAUAUUUUGUUUUCCUUCUGCACCAUUGGUUUAAAUAUUUGCUAAGUUUCCCUUUAUUAUUAUUAUUAGUCUGCUAUCUACCUAUUCCGCGGCAUUUAACUGCGUUGGUAAUUCGUUUCUCAUUCAAUCUCCUAACACGAAUUUUGACAGGUGUUAUUGUAUUAAUAAUUAACCCGUUUGGCCUAAUUGAAUUGGAUAAUGAACCCGUGUCUUAUAGGUUGUUAACGUGAAUUAUAAUAAGAAUUUUGCUGCACGAUAUCCGAAGCAGAGUAUAGCGUCUUGAUUUAUCAUAUAUGCGUGACAUUUCAACUUCCUCACCUCCCUGGCGCUGUCCUUUGCUCAUUUUCCCGGUUCACCAAUUUCCGCAAUUCCCCGCUACCCCUCCCCCCUCGGGGGGAAGCACGGUCGUUCCCUCCAGCUAUUCCACGUCCACUCAUCUUCUAUGGUAGUUCAUAACCGCGUCUAUCUCUCAACCCCAGCCUCAUAUCUUGCAGCAUUUACCGCCCUGGAUAUCCUCGACCUCGCCGUCCUACGCGACCGUGCCGGAUCGAAUACGGACACUUCAACAUUUGAGAUUCUGUCGAGUGUCCUCUCGGGCGAGUGUUCACCUCGGCGCUUGGCGGUGUGACGGGCUUCGCGCCUUUCAUUAUUAGUGAUUGCAGGGGCUGGCCGUUGUAGAGCUGGAAGUUUUAUUAGCCUCGGGGCUUGCUCUUCACUUUGUAUGCGUGAGAGAGCGUGUUCGUGGGAUUGUGUUUCAAGGAGUCUGGGACAGUAGGAAAGAUCAUGCGGAUGGUGGUGUCGAGUUGGAAGGGUCAGGGUGUUCAGGCCGAGGGCGUGCCAUGCUCGGGCGAACGGUGAGCUUGGAUGGGACUCUGGUGAUUCCUCUCCAUGGGUUGCUGAGCUUGGGUUGGCCUGGUAAGGCGGCUGGUCGAAUAGCAGUGUAAGAGUGAGUACGGUCAAAAUGUACUCGACAAGCAGCAGCACGACCCAGAUUGGUAACAAGAGAAUCCUGAAGGACGUGAGGACAGUAUGCCCGAGCACCCUCCCAAGAUGACGAAUGUACCUAUAAAAGCGUCUUAAAAGCCCUAUGGCCAUACCACUCUCUUCAUCUUUCCGUUUACGUUCCUGCUCUUCAGCUUCUCGUGCAGCUCUCUUCACUCUCAUCAGGACUUCUUUCUGCCUAUCCUUUCGCGGCUGAUGAGUGCUUGCGUCCUCAUUAUCCGAGUAUUCAUCAUCCUCACCCUCGCCUGCCUUCUCGCCCUCGAAACCGAAAAGCCCGUAACAAUUAAGUGCGGCAUUCAGCUCAGAAACCGGGGUGACCACCACAGCCGUCUCGAUUAGGAAAAGGAUAUACACCCAGUGACUGCUUUCUUUAGAAGCUUUUCGUACUGGAGGCUCCGUACUUAUAUCGUCCUGGUGUAAUGCGAGGGCUCUAUGUUUCCAUUCUUUCCUGUGAUGGAGUCUCAUUUGUCGCUGGAGACCGAAUGUGGCUUUGCGAACUACAGAGUCAAAUGCGGCUGUUAGCGAGUUGAGGUUGAAUAUUAGAAGGGCGCUGACGAUGGUGAUGACUGGUAAGGUGAUGGCGAAGGCGUUUAUAGUUGUUGCGCUUGGCUCAAUCAGUUGCAUACUGAAGAUGCCCUGUAUUUUGAAGAGUUAGUUAGUCUAUAUGAACGGGUAAACUACCAUACAUGGAAAAACAGUAGGAGAGAAAACACUACCCACCGUGCCAAAGGAAAGGGGAAGAAAUAGCAACGUGAUGUACGUUAAUAGGCGAAUAUUCUCCCCCUGGCGAACUGCAGUUCGGCUAUCGAAUACAGCAGCGGUUGAUUGGAGCUGGAUGAGUUAGUUACCCUUGAAAUAAUCUACAUAAAGAAGGACUUACACUUUCGCGGAGAUCCCGCACGUCUUGCAUGCCACGUUUAAUACGAUCUAUUUUGGGCUUUAGAAGUUCGAUUGACUGGUCUAUGCUGCUGACGCUGGCAUCCCAAUUUUCGGGACUUAUCCUUCCAUCCUGGAUUUUUGGCAAUGAAUCAAUCUUGAAAGUUUCCCAUGUGGUGAUUGUCUGCUCAAGGGUCCUCUGGAUAUUUUGUUAAUCUUAGAAUAUAUCUACAAGUCAAAUUGAGGCUCAUCCGUACUGGUACGUACCUCGAACAGCUUAUAAGUUUGAAG